ACUUCAGAAUAGGGUAGACCGCUGCGCGGACUGACUUAUUUUAUCUGUAAACAGUCUUAAAAUGGACAAGGCAUUGGUGUUCGUGUUUAUUACUGUGAUUUUAAACGAAAAUCCUAUAGUUCACGCUUUCAGAGAGUUUAAUGUGAAUGGUGCGGUGAAGAUUUUGGCGUUGGAAAAUGAAUGGAUAAAUAUACAAUGUAAGCAGGAUUCUCCUAUGGCUUAUUGUGGUUUCGUACACCCCAGCGGCAAGCGGUUUUCAUUCUCAGGAAGCGAGCUGACAAACGGACACUGUGCCAUACCCAUCAACGCGACUCGUCAGGACGUGGGCGAGUGGAGAUGCCAUAUAGGAAGAAAGCUUACAGGUGUAGAAGAUCAGCAGAUAAUCGAACUUCGUGUAGUCGACAAGCUAGCCGCAAUACACAACAACAUAACAACAGUUCACCGAAAAGAUGUGACAUUAGAGUGUGCGACCACCGAGGGUUAUAAACCACUGAGUUACUGCCGCUUUGAGCCCCCUAAUGGUCCGCCUUUUAGUAUCGACUCUGCUAUAAACUAUACUACACCAAUCCUCGGCCGCUACUAUUUCCCACAAAACAAGAGCUUGGAUCGAGGAGAUUGUGCUGUGACCAUCCGGAAGGUGAAAUACGAAGAUGUGGGGAUUUGGACCUGUGGAGCUGGACUCAGUGACGGGAAGGAGUAUACGGACACAGUGGAGCUGAUCGUAGAAGGCAUAUACACCAUGUCAACAGCGUCAGCCACAGGAGUGACCUUCGGCGCAAUAGGCAUUGGAGCCUUCCUGAUCAUCCUAGGGUACCUUGGCUGGAAGAAGAGGAGCUUCCUUGGGGCAGCGCCGAGGCAGCAGGGGCACGAUGAUGGACACGAGAUGGGCGAAAUGCCGCAGGCCCGGAACUCUCCACAAAGUAGAAGAUCAUCCAUCAGUAGACGCUCGCCGCAGACCAGCAGAGUGCCCAGUGUGGUCGUCCAAUCACCAUCAGUUCCGUCAGAGACGGGUUUGCCUCUCAUAACCAGUAGACAGGAGCACGACGACGACGACGGGCAGCAGGGGCACGAUGAUGGUCACGAGAUGGGGGAAAUGCCGCAGGCCCGGAACUCUCCACAAAGUAGAAGAUCACCCAUCAGUAGACGCUCGCCGCAGACCAGCAGAGUGCCCAGUGUGGUCGUCCAAUCACCAUCAGUUCCGUCAGAGACGGGUUCGCCUCUCAUAACCAGUAGACAGGAGCACGACGACGACGACGGGCAGCAGGGGCACGAUGAUGGACACGAGAUGGGGGAAAUGCUGCAGGCCCGGAACUCUCCACAAAGUAGAAGAUCAUCCAUCAGUAGACGCUCGCCGCAGACCAGCAGAGUGCCCAGUGUGGUCGUCCAAUCACCAUCAGUACCGUCAGAGACGGGUUCGCCUCUCAUAACCAGUAGACAGGAGACGAUCGAACCAUAGAAGCGACACACAAGUUUAAGAGUUUAAUGAUCACCAGGAGCUAGGAGACAGUCGACCAGUAGACGCGACAGUAAAAUGUCCACCUUCGUCGUCCAAUCGCCGUCGGACACGGGCUCACCUCUCAUAACAUGAUCACCAGUAGACAAGAGACAGUCGACCAAUAGAAGCAACAGACAAGUUUAGUAGUCUCUGCUUUAAUCGUCCAAUCACCGUCAGAUACAGUCUCACCUUUAAUGUCAUGUAGAUAGAAGAAUAGACAUUAGUCACGACAAUAGAAUGCCCAGUUUAGCCGUCAGAAACGGGUUCUCCUCUGUUACCAUAAGGUUAAUGUUAAUACGCAUACGCUAUUUAUAAUUAAACAUACGCUAUCUAGUCGCUAGUUAUCAAAUAGGCAAUAUAAAGGGCGCUUUCAAAAAAAUUUUUACAUUUAAUUCAUGUCUUCAAAAUAUUGGCUUCUUGGGCUCAUUUUACUCAGAAUCAUUUGUACAUUCACGCCUCAUACAUAAAAAAAUGUGUCCCAAAAUUUUGUAUGAAAAAAUAUUUUUACAGUGCGUCACGU